GUACUGCAAGACUUAGGUGUACUGCAAGACAAUAUGGCGUCAAGUAAAGCAAACAAACAAACAUUAAUUGGUUGUAUCCGAACUGGUUUAAUUGACCCAGUAUCCGGAGUGUAUGAUCCGAAAGGGAAACAUUUAACUCUUCCGCGUGCAAUAACCCAAGGGUUAAUUGAUAUUGAGAGUGUUCCAUCCUGUGGUCUAACCCUAUCUGAUGCUGUGCGCCAAGGGGUGCUUCGCGCCACCGAUGGGAAGAUUACAGAUAGAAACACAGGCCUUGCCUUCUCUCUGGAUGAAGCAAUAGAACGUGGUUUGAUCAACAAGGAUAAGUUUGAGGUGUAUGAUGAGAAGCAAGGGUUUAAGAUUACUCUAGAAAGCGCUCUGUCAUCUGGUAUUAUUGAUACAAAGACUGGAAGAUAUCUGAGUAGUACAGGACCUAUUCCUCUAGAUCAAGCUGCUAAACUUAACAAGAUUCAAAUACCGCUCACUGUCAAGGAUAGUGUGGACCAAGGAUUUAUUCAAGAGGACGGUCAAGUCAAGGAUCCUAUAACAGGAGAGGUUUUGAGCCUACUAGGAGCUGUAGGCCGAGGUUUCCUGGACUAUGAGCUGAAGUCCGUGAGGGACGUGAAGGGGGAGGUGUAUGUGAGCCUGGGGGAGGCCCUGGGCAAGAACAUAAUCAACCCUAACGCUAGAUUCUCUGAUACCCUGACAGCUGAAUCAAUGUCUCUCCCCGAAGCUGUAAAGAAAGGAUUCCUAACUUCUGUCUCUCAGAAAACUAUAUUUGAGAUUGAAGGUAUCAAGAACCCAACCACAGAGGAUUACAUCAGUUUUAACGAGGCCCUGGAGCUACGGAUCAUUGAUAAAUCCAACUCAACCUUCUUUGAUAAGAAGACAAUGACCCGAAUGACCCUGCAUGAAGCCUCGGAUAAGGAUUAUAUCCAGAACCAACUCCUGGAUAUGUUGGAGCGUCCUAUUGGAAUAGUUGUUAUGGGAACUGAACUAACCUUGCUUCAGGCAGUCAUGAAUAAACGUUUAGAUCCUCUUUCCGGCCUCCUCAUUGAUCCAGCCUCCAAACAUACUCUUCCUCUUGAGGUUGCUGUUUCCAAUAACUUGAUCACUCCUAUGGGAGCUGCUGUUCUGAAAAGCCUGCUGAACAUCACUGUCACCACAGCAACUGUUACACAAACAGUAAGAAGAACUAUAAAAGUGUCCUCUUCAGCGGAGGACAAACAGGACCGGAGGACAGAGAAUUCUAUCUCAUUCCAGGAAGCUCUCCAAGGAGGGUUUAUUAACGAGGCUACUGGGAUGUUUACAGACCCUGAAACAGGUUUGGAUAUUGCUCUAGAUGAGGCAAUUAACUUGGGUAUGGUCAGGUUGGGUCAAACUUCACAAUCCUCAGUCAGGAAAUCAUCAACAGCUUCCUCUACUAGGAAAGCUUCUACAUCCUCUGUUGCUUCUAGGAAGUCUUCAUCAGCUUCCUCAAGAGCCUCUUCUCCACCCAAGUCUCUGAACUCUGCCAAGGAGUUCUUGAAGGAAAGUCAAGCAAGAGAGUCAAGAUCAACAUCUCUAACUAUGAAGAUGUCGUCUUCACAAUCCUCUUCUAGGAAUAUAUCUACGCAUUCUUCAACCAACGGCUCAUCUGCCUCAACUAAGCAGAUGUCCACCACAACUUCUGCCAACAAUUCCAGACAGAUAUCUGCCACAACUUCCGCCAAUAACUCUAAGCAGGUAUCAGCCACAAGUUCCAGGCAAGUAUCUGCUUUAACCUCCGCCAUAAACUCCAGGAAAGGUUCUCCGGAGAAAACGUCCCGUCCUAGUAGCAGAUUAUCCACCAGUUCUAAUAAACAAUCUCCUCAAAAAUCCAAGGCUUCGACCCCCGAAAAAGCCAAUGGGAUUGGUAAACUGAGCCGCCAUGACAGUUUUGAACAGAGAAUGGAGGAGAGAAGUGAUUUCAUCUCUGCUGAGUCUAAACAUGAUUACUCGUUUAAAUCUUCCUCUACAAGUAUACCCAUCAAGGUUGAGGUUGGAUCCUAUAAUCCUCCCCUGGAUGGAUACACACUCAAGGAUGCUAUAGAUGAAGAGCUUCUAGACCCUGUCCUUGGACUCUUCAAGAUCCCGGGAACAGACAGAGAAACUUCUUUUAAAGAGUGUUUAGAUCUUGGGUUGAUAAACAGCAACUCUGCCACUGUAUCCUUGGACUCUGAGAAAUAUUCCUUGGCGGGAGCUUUAGAGAGUUCAAUCCUGGAUACAACAGGACACUACUCCUACUCCGGGAACAGGAUUUCACUGAGAGAGGCCAUUGAUCUACAUUUCGUAAGUUUUUUCCAGUUCAGAGAAACUGAAACCCGGAGAUCACACGUGGUUUACACCCAGAACCUUACUGAGAAUAUCCGGUAUGACCUGGAGAAAGGAAGCUAUGAAGUGAACCCUGAAAUACAACCUGGAGAGCUGAUGUCUGCCCUGAAGGAAGGGAAGAUAUUGCCAACUGAUAUCAAGGUGGCAGACCCAGACUCCGGACUUCAGGUGAACAUACUUGAAGCAGUUUCUAAGGGUUUGAUAGAUAACUCUACUGGAGAAUAUACUGGAGGUUCCAAGAGAAUAAACAUAUUGGAGGCUCUUAAGAUUGGAGCUGUUGCCCUAGUGGGAGCUCCAGUUGCUCUAGCCGCAGCGCCAGUAAUUGCUGGAAAGAUGGCAUAUGACAAAUACAGAUCUGAAAGCAAGAAAUCUGAAAUCCGAAGGGAUGAGCAUGAAGAUGAGAUUAUAACAGUUGAGAGAGAUACCCUUAGGGAUGGAACCAUCCAUGCUAGGAUAGUAGAGUCCGGAGUAACCACAACCCGUAUAUCAUCCUUCACUGUUGAGGUUCCAGGAACUGGAGAAGAGAUAUCUCUGGAUGAGGCUGUGAGAAGGGGAUUAGUUACAGAAGAAACUGCUCAGCAGUAUAAGGAGGAGGUUACUACAGACAAGACAGUGGAGUCCAUGAUGGUUCUGAUCCUAGAUCCAAGAACUGGAGAAGAAAUACCUUCUGAUGAAGCCAUUCGUCGAGGUAUUGUUACAACCGAAGAGGUUGAGGAGUUUCUCAGGAUGAAGGAAGAGAAGAGUCGUCUCUCCAACUAUGGUUCAAUGUCUAGUUUGAACACAGGAAGAGAAGGAUCAGAAAGCAGACCUAGCUCUGUGGUUAGAGCUAGUAGUCCUGUCUCUAGGGGAAGCAGUAGGAUGACCAAUAUCCAGGAGAUGGAAACCUCCAUCAGCUCCAGAAAACCAGCUGCAUCCUCGUCUUCUAGUCGAGCAACUUCGGAGGAAUCAUUUGCAGGAGACUCCAGGUCCUCCCAGUACUCCUCUACUCUUACCGUAGAUGUGAACAGGAGAGAGCAGAUGGAAGAAUCAAUUCAAAGUGUUCGAGAGAUGGAGAGAUCAAACCAUUCUGUGAAAACUAAAAUUGUCAAUCUGAAACAAGGAUAUGCUUUGUCAAGCCUUGAUGAGGUUAGAAACCUCCAGACAGGAGAAGUAAUGUCAAUUUACGAGGCCAAGCUUAGAGGCAUAGCUUCAGAUAUCCAAGGGAAUAAGGAGGAGGUGGUUACCAAGCAGGUCAAGAUGUUUGUAACUGAAGCUGUAUCAAGGAAUCUGAUCAAUUUCAGCUCCAAUGUGUUUAUCAACCCAGCAACUGGUCUAAAUAUACCUAUUGCUGAAGCUAUUAGGUGUGGGCUUCUCAUCACUGACUUUAAAGAGAUCAUUGACGAGUCAUUUAUUGAUCUUGAUGUUGAUGGUAUAUCUGCUGGAGAUGCAUUUGUCCAUUUGUUUAAUAUGGAAGAGAAAGUGUUUGUUAGGAAAUCUCACAGUAGGUCCUACACUCUACAGGAGGCAGUUGAUGAGAACUGGAUCAAUGGAGAUGACAUCAUCUUUGAUGUAUCUUCAUCAUCCCAUCUCACAAUUAGAAAAGCUCUUGAUAUAAAGGUUUUAAAUGGAGUUACUUGCGAGUACACAAUUAAAGAAACAAAUGAAACCAUGUUUUUGGGAGAUGCUGCGAAGAAAGGAUUAGUAGCUCUUUUCCCAGAAGCUGUAUUUGAAAAGAAAAAAGUUCGUUAUCCAGGCAGAAUCUAUACUCUUAGAGAAGCAGUGGACGAGGGCAUUUAUCAGACAGACACUGGACUCUUCUUUGUCAUGUCUACUGAAGAGCAUGUUACCAUUGAGGAAGCUCUAAGUAUCGGUAUGCUUGAUCCUAGAUCUGCUGAGAUUAAAAAUACUCAGACUGGAGUUUUUACCCAUCUUAGCUCUGCUCUUAAUACCCGGAUCCUGCAUCGUGAGACCUGUAAAGUUCUAGAUAUUGAACAUCACACUGAGCUGAACCUGCUUGAAGCUUAUGAAAGGGGAUUAAUCAAAGAUGUAAAGAAGGAGGUAUCACCGCCCUCUUCUCCCUUUGACUCCAUCAAUUUCUGGGAUGCUAUUGAGAACGGACAACUUAAUACGCACACAGGUCUUUUCUUCUCAACCCACGAGGAGGGAAAGAAAUUGAAGCUUGAGGAAGCAAUUUUCAGAAAAUAUAUUGAUAAAAAAUCUGCUUUUGUCAUUGACACCUGGAAGCGUAAGCACUGCAGCUUGUCAGAAGCAACUAGGAAGAAUAUUAUUAAGGAUGGUUUAGUUCUGAAUACUACUCAGGGUAAGUAUAUGAGUGUAGAGGAAGCAAUCAAGAUGAACAUCAUUAUCAGAGAUAUUUCUAAUCUGAGUCUGAUUGAAACUCUUGAUUUCGGGAUGUAUCAACCCUACAGUGGAAAGAUUCUAGUUCCAGGAUUAGAGAUAGAAAUGAGCAUCUCCGAGGCCAUAGAAUCCCGUAUAAUUGAUCACAAACUGACCAUUGUAAAGAACAGGAAGUCGAGUAGGUUUGUGAGCACCAUGGAGGCGCUCCAGCUCGGGGAUAUUGACGGGUUGACCGGGAUGUACGGGUCAAUGAACCUCCUGGAGGCCAGAUCUAGAGGAUAUCUGUUAUCUGUGGAUGCUAUGCAAGCGGUGCAGGAGAAGUACAGGCAGGCCGGGGAGAACCUGGAGAACCUAAACAGGUGGUUGGAGAAGGUUGAGAGGGAGAUUGCCAGUCAGGAGGUUCCCAGGGAGGAUUCAGAUAAACUCAGGAACCAGAUCAAUGGGUUCAAGGAGAUUAAAGAUGAUGUUGAUGAACAUAACCGUCCUGUGAACAACACUCUUGAUAUUAUUGCUGAGCUAGUAGAGACAGGAGCUGAUGUUCUUAGCUCUGCUGAACUCAAUAAACUCCAGCAGGAAGGGAAACAGCUUAAGGUUCGCUACGACAAUGUGUCUAACAACAGCGACAAGCUGCUCAAGCGCCUCGUCUCUGCUCAUGAAGAGCUUCUCAAGUUUAACUCAGAGGUCACCGCUUUCAGGAACUGGUUGGAGAAGGCGUACAAGGUCCUGGAGGACAAGGAGAAGCAGUUGGCCAACCUGAACAAGGUGUCCGGCAAGGCUGACGACAUCAAGGAGUUUGUUAGCGACGUGAUGACCCACGGCGCUGAUCUCAAGUUCCUCUCAAUUUCAGGACAGAAGUUUGUCUCGCUGUCUAAGGAGUACGUCAGCUCUUUGAACGAAUUUAGACUGGUGCUCAGACAGAACAACCUCAAGAUCACUGAGUCGAUUGUUUCUGAAGAGGUCAACCAUGUUAGCUCUGCGUACCAUGACCUCCUGGCGCGCGCCAAUGCGCUCUCAGAUGCUUUCUCUAUGGUUGGUGGAAAGUACAAGGAUUACAAUGAUGCUGUUGACCGGGCGAAGAGGUGGUUGAAGGAGACUGAGCCCAAGGUUGCUAAGAUCUGCAAUGAGCCCGUGGCUGCCGAACCUAGAGUUGUAGAAGACCAACUCAACAGGGCUAAAGCUCUUAAUAACGAGAUUAUCGCCAAUGCUAAACUUAUUGAUGAUGCUAAGCAGGCCGCAGCAAACCUUCUUGCUUCAUUGGACGACAGUCAGAUGUCAAGGGAGGAAAGAAGGUUGAUCGAACAGACCCCUCUGGAACUCCAGCAGAGAUAUGAUGCACUGCGUCUAAUGAUGAAUGAAAGGUGCGCAGAUUUGGACAGCGCACUAGUUGCCUGCCAAGGAGUGCAGGAUGCACUAGCCAACAUUGCCAACUGGUUGGACAGCACAGAUAACAUGCUGGCUCAAAUUAUGAAGCCUGCAAGUCUGAUCAGGGAGAGGUUGGAUGAGCAGAUUAGACAACUGUAUGUCUUAAAAUCUGAUGUUGAGUCACAUGAACCUUCAAUCCAUAAGAUGUAUGAAUCCGCUCAGCAGUUUAUCCAGAGCUCCAGUAAUGUCAGGGAGACUAAGAAGAUUGAAACCAAGGUAAAAGAGGUUCAGAAAAAGUUUGAAACCCUUGUUAAAACUGUUCAGACAAGAGAGAUUUUCUUCAAUGAAGUGUCCACUGUACUUGAGGUGUUCACCAGCCAGGUUGAGAGCUUUGAGGUCUGGUAUCUUGAAACUAUUGACUUCCUUGAAUCUAAGGAACUUCUUCAGAUGAAUGCUGAUGAAUCUGCUGCUAAGAUUGAUGAACUUGUGCGUAGAAAGGAGCAGAUGAAACCUCAAUAUGAUGAGAUGAUCAAGAACGGAAAGGCACUUGUGACCAAGAAGGAUGUAACUGAUGCUGGUCCUUGCAAGGAUACCAUCAAGGAGCUUGAGGAGAAGUGGAGAGAGCUUGGUGAUAUCCUAGGAGAAAGACAAGCUAGUAACAGGGCUAGAAAACAGUCUCUGAAUGCAUAUGAAGCAUUAAGAGAACAAGUAUUUGCCUGGCUGAACAAAAUGGAGAGCAGGAUUGAAGAUCUUGAUCCCAUAGCUCUUGAUUUAGACAUGCUCAACAAGCAGAUCAAUGAUGUUAAACCAUUGGUCCAGGAGUAUACAGGAUACAGCAAAACCAUUGAUAAACUGAAUGAACUGGGAAUGCAGUAUGAUAACAUGAUGAGAGGAUCAAUAGAUAUGGGUUCUUUGAGCAGGAGAUCAAGUAUGUCUCCUAGGAAGCCUUCUCUAACUCCAUCCCUGCUAAGCGGAGGGUCACGAAGGGCCUCUGCCUCCCCUAAAUUUGGACCUCCUGGAAGUCCUCUCCGAAGGGAGUCUGGUAUGCCAAUGUUCCAAGAAGCCAGUCCCAUUCAAACCCAGCUUGCUGAAAUCAACAAUAGGUAUGACAUGAUUGGAAUCAAGUUGGGAGACAGGGACAGUGAGCUGACCAACAUGAGGGAUGAUGUAAAGAAAUACCACGAGCUCCUCAAGAAUCUUGCAACAUUCCUGGAGAAACAGGAGAGGAACUUCCCUCAGGACUCCAUUCCCUCCGACAAGCGUGAGGCAGAUAAGCAGCUCAAGGUGCUCAAAGCAAUUCUUGAUCAGCUGUAUGAGAACCAGGGUCAGCUUGACACUGCCAGGGUUAAUAUCAAGGAUCUUCUGAAGAAGAAUCCUGAAGCUCCAGGCUCUGAGAUACUUGAUGAUACUCUUAAUGAGGUCAGCCUGAGAUGGAAGGAUCUUCAGGAGAGAUGCAAGGCUAGAGCCAGCAUGCUGGAUGAAAUGAAGGACUUCCAUGACAUUCAUGAUAACCUUAACAACUGGUUGAACUCGAAGGAGAAGCUGAUGAACAUUCUGGGACCCAUUGCUUCUGACCCAAGACUUGUGCAGAAUCAGAUGAGCCAGAUUCAGGUGAUGAAGGAAGAAUUCAAUGAGAAGCAGCCUAGCAAGGAUAGAUUUAAUGACAUUGGAGAAAAUAUCCUUGAGGUUGCGGGAGCCUCUGCUGAUGGCCGAAACAUUGAGCAGAAGCUUGAUAAUAUUAAUGGUAAGUGGGAUGAUCUACUCAGCCAGCUGGAGGAGAGAGAAAGAGCUCUUGAAGCUAUCUCUGGCCCAACAAGAGACUUCCUGAACUUAUCCAACAGACUUGCUGACAACUUGAGCAAGGUCAGUGAUGAUCUGGAUGAUAUUGCUGUAAGUAAGGGCGAUGCUGAAGCCAAGCUGAAGGCAUUGACUGCAGUUGCCAAAACUCUUGAUGAUCAGCGACCUCUGUUUUCUGAGGUCAUGUCUCUUGGCGAUCAACUGCAGCAGAUAUUGACUGACCCUGCCUCUAAAUCAGAAAUCAAGGGUAAGAUGGGACAGGUAGAAAGACAGUUCAACAACUGCCAAAGGAAGCUUGACAAUGCACUUGCUGAACUUGAAAACAGUGCUAAGGAAGGAAAGGAGUUUGAAGGCCAAUGUGCUGAUGCCCAGGCUUGGCUCAGAGAGAUGGAAGGUAUUCUCUCUGACAAGUUCUCUAUCUCUGCUGAUAGACAGACCUUGAUUGAGCAGGUGGCUGAAUUUGAUCCUAUCUAUAAGGAGGUGAUGAGCAAGGAACAUGAAAUUAUCAUGAUCCUCAACCGAGGAAAAGAUAUCAUUGCCAAGGCCCCCAAGGCAGAUGUUGCCAACAUUAAGAAGAACCUAGAUUCUGUUGAAAAGUCCUGGCAGAAGGUAAAGAAGAUUUCUCAGGAUCGUCACAACAAGUUGAACAUCUGCAUGGAGUAUUGUAAGAAGUUCUAUGGAGCCCAAGAAAAGUUCCUUCCCUGGUUAGAGAAGGCAGAGGCCCAGCUUGAAAGGAUGGAAGUUAUUAGUUUGGUUCUUGCUGAACUUAAGAAGCAGGAGAAGGAACUUCAAUCAUUCAGGAAUGAUGUUAAUCGUCAUUCUUCAGAAUAUGAUUUGAACCAUGGUAGUGGAGAUACUUUCCAGUCUUCCUGUGACACUGACAAGGAGAUUGUUAAAGAAGAAUUGGCUCACAUGAAAGAAAGAUGGGACCAUCUUAAUUACUUCAUCUCUGAGCGCGCACAAGCUAUCAGUGAUCUCAUUGGAAAACUAGGAGACUUCAAUGACAAUGCUAGAGAUCUAUCUAAUGGUCUCCAGAGAGCUGAAGAUAAAUUGAAGCAAACUGAUGGAGCUAACAAGGAUCCUAGACUUCUAGACAAAAUAAAGGGUCUUCUGGAGGAGGCCAAGGAGCUUGAGAAAGACUUUGGAAAAGUCCAAAAGACUGGUGAGGAUCUUCUCACUGAUGCUGAUGUUCUUGGAGCUGAUGGAUCACCCAUUGCAGACAUUGUAAAUGGUCUUGGUGACAGACUUGGAAACCUGAGAGAUAGGCUUGAGGAUAAGGCUGAAGAUCUGAAGAAUGCUGGAGCAGCUGUGGGAGAGUUUAAUGAAGCUGCAAAGGAUAUUGGAAAUGCACUCGCUAUGCUUGAUGAUGAACUGAACAAGAUGGGUCCUAUUGCUAGAGAGCUUAAGGCUCUGUACAAGCAGAAAGAAGAAGUUUCCAGCUUCCUGCAACGCAUUGGUGGAAAGAAGAAGGAUAUUCUUGCACUUAUUGAAAAUAGCAAACAGUUGAUCAAUUCUGGAGUGGUUCCUAACCCAAGAGAAUUACAAGACACAGUUUCUGGAUUGCAGAAAUCCAUUGAAAAACUAGAACAGAGAGGAGUAUCUAGAGACAAGGAUAUUGAUGAGAUGAUCAAGAAGGUUCAAGCUUUCUAUGAUCACUAUGCAACUGUUAUGAAUGACAUACAAGAAGUUGUAAGAGAGGAAAAGAACCUUGGAGCCGUUGCUGGAGAUACAGAGACAAUCAAGUCUCAGCUCGUACAGUUCAAGCAGUUCCAGGCAAAGGUUGUGUCUGCUGUGGGCAAGGAGGUUGACAAAUCCAACAGAUCUGGUCAGGGUCUUAUUCAGUCUGCUGCCAGUGGAGUAAAUACAAAUGGAAUUGAAACUGAUCUUGAAAAGAUGAAUGAGCUCUGGAAUAGUCUGAAGCAGGCACUUGCUGAGAGAGAAAGAAAGCUUGACCAAGGUUUGCUGCAAUCGGGUAAGUAUGGAGAGGCUUUGAAUGGUUUGAUGUCCUGGAUGGAUGAGAUGGAAGACAUGAUGACCAAUCAGAAGCCCCCAUCUGCUGACUACAAGGUGGUGAAGGCCCAGGUACAGGAACAGAAGUUUGUACAGAAGCUUCUCCAUGACAGAAAGGGAGCUGUUGCAUCUCUGAUCAAGACAGGACAAGAGAUUGCUGCUUCUGCUGACCCUGCUGAGAAACGCAGGAUUGAAGGAGAAAUCAGAGCACUAGAGGAUAGAUAUGGAAGCCUCAACUUGAAGUGCUCUGACAGAAUGGCCCUCCUUGAGGAUGCCAUGAAGAUGGCUAAGGAAUAUGCAGACAAGCUUGGUCCUCUAGAGAAAUGGUUGGACAAAACUGAAAAGAAGAUUAAAGAGAUGGAAACUGUUCCAACUGAAGAAGACCAAAUUCAGAAGAGAAUCAGGGAACAUGAAAUUGUUCAUGAUGACAUCAUUGAAAAACAAUCCAACUUUGAUGAUUUAGCUGAUGUAGCAUCAGCUCUUAUGCAAGUAGUUGGAGAUGAAGAUGCCCAGAUGCUUGCUGACAAGGUUGAAGAACUAACCAAUAGGUAUGCCAACCUUGUUCAUAAUUCAGAUGCUAUUGCACAGCUUCUACAGGAUUCCAUGGCUGGACUCCGAAACUUGGUUAUGGCCUAUGAAGAUCUUCUUGGAUGGAUGGAAGAUUGUGAGACUAGACUUUCCAAAUUCAAGAUUUUGUCUGUUUUCACUGAGAAGCUAAUGGAACAAACUGAACAGCUUCAUGAGGUAACAGAGGAAAUUGUCAAGAAACAAUCAGCAGUUGAUGAUGUUCUUGCUAUUGGAACUGAACUGAUGAAACACAUCACCAAUGAAGAAGCUCUUUCUUUGAAGGAUAAGUUGGAUUCACUUCAAAGGAAGUACAAUGAUCUUGCAUCCAAAGCAUCUGAUCUUCUUAAGAAUGCUCAAGAUAUGUUACCUCUUGUUCAGAACUUCCAUGAGUCUCACAACCGUAUCAGUGACUGGAUGGAGGGAGUUGAGGGUGUCCUACAGUCUCUGGAUACUUACAGUCUGGAGGAUCAAGAGUCUGAGAUUCACAGACUAGAAGGAGAUAUUCAACAGCACAAACCUCUGCUUGAAGGAAUUAAUCUGACUGGACCUCAACUCUGUCAACUCUCACCUGGAGAGGGAGCUAGAACCAUUGAAGGAUUGGUAACCCGAGACAACAGAAGGUUUGAUGCCAUUUGUGAACAGGUACAGAGAAGAGGAGAAAGAAUUGCUCUUGCCAAGCAGAAGUCUGGAGAAGUUCUUGGGGACAUUGAUGAGCUACUCAGCUGGUUUAGGGAGGUUGAACAAACGAUCAGAGAAGCUGAUCCUCCAUCCCAUGAACCUGAGGUUAUUCGUGUCCAACUGAAGGAGCACAAAGCCCUUAAUGAUGACAUUUCAAGUCAAAAGGGACGCGUCAGAGAUGUUCUCUCCAAUGCCAAGAAGGUACUCCGUGAAAGUGCUCAAACAGCUGACACUGAGCAGGUUAGAGAAAAGAUGGAAGAUCUUAAGGAAACAAUGGACACUGUCAUAAAAUUGAGUUCUGACAGGUUGAACAUACUAGAAUCUGCUUUGCCUUUGGCAGAACACUUCUAUGAAACCCAUGCUGAACUUAAUGAGUGGUUGGAUGAUAUAGAAAGGGAGGUUAUGAACCAGAUGAAUCCUAGCAUGAGACCUGACCAGAUAGCAAGACAGCAAGAGACAGUAAGAUCUCUAAUGCAGUCCGUACAGGAUCACAAGCCUGUCGUUGACAGACUAAACAAAACUGGAGGUGCUCUUCUCAGGUUGAUUGUUGAGGAUGAUUCCUACAGAGUUCAAGACAUUAUUGAAUCUGACAACCAGAGAUACAACAACAUCAAAGCUGAUCUUAGAGAGCGAAUGCAAGCUUUGGAAGAUGCUAUGCAUGAAUGCUCCCAGUUUACUGACAAGCUGGAUGGUAUGCUGAACUCCUUGGAGAACACCAAGGAUCAGCUUGUUCAUGCUGAACCCAUUUCUGGUCACCCAGAGAAGAUCAAGGAACAGAUGGAUGAUAACAAUGCCAUCAUAGAUGAUCUUGAAAAGAAGGAGGUUGCUUAUGAAGCUGUUAUCAAGGCAGCUGAUGAUAUUAUCCAAAAGGCUCCAAACAAGCAGGAUCCUGCCAUCAAGGAUAUCAAGAAGAAGCUGGAUAAAUUGACUGGCCUCUGGAAAGAAAUUCAAGGACUUGCAAAGAACAGAGGAGAUUCUCUUGAAGAUGCUCUUGCCCUGGCUGAGAAGUUCUGGGAUGAGCUGCAGCAGGUUAUGUCAAACCUGAAAGAUCUGCAAGAUCAGCUUGAUUCCCAGGAUCCUCCAGCUGUUGAACCUAAAGCUAUUGAGGCCCAGAAGGCUGAACUAAAGGAGAUUAAGAGAGGAAUAGAUAGCACCAAACCUGGUUAUGAAAAAUGCAGGCAGAGUGGGAACAAUCUCAUCAAUGUUGUUGGAGAUUCAGAGAAGCCAGAGCUGAAGAGACAUAUUGAAGAUUUGGAUCAUGCUUGGGACAAUAUCACAUCCAUGUAUGCCAGACGUGAACAGAACCUGUUUGAAGCUAUGGAGAAGGCCAUGGAGUUCCAUGACAUGCUCCAGAGCCUGCUUGAGUUCUUGGCCAGGAGUGAGAAGAAGUUUGACAACUUGGGAGCCAUUGGCACCGACAUCGACACUGUCAAGAAGCAGAUUGAGGAGCUGAGGAAGUUCAAGGAUGAAGUUGAUCCAUGGAUGGUUAAGAUCGAGGCAUUAAACAGGAGUCUGAGAAGGCAAGCCGAUGAUCUAACUGAACGAACUUCCCCUGACCAAGCAAGGGCCAUCAAAGAGCCCUUGGCUGAUGUCAACAGGCGGUGGAAUGACCUCAACAAGGGCAUUGUCGUCCGUCAGAAGGAGUUGGAGCACGCUCUUCUUCGUCUUGGACAGUUCCAACAUGCACUCAGUGAGCUGCUUGUCUGGAUUGAUAGGACUGAUAAAACACUGGACACCCUCAAACCUGUUUAUGGUGAUCCUCAGGUGAUUGAGGUUGAACUAGCCAAGCUCAAGGUUAUCGUCAACGACAUUCAAGCUCAUCAGUCCAGUGUGGACACACUGAAUGAUGCUGGUCGGCAGAUUAUUGAAUCUGAGAAGGGAUCCAGAGAGGCUUCUCAUACCCAGCAGAAGCUGAACGAGCUGAACACCAAGUGGAACAACCUGCUCACCAAGGGUGAGGACAGGCAGGCCGAGCUGGAGGAUGCCCUGAGGGAAGCCCAGGCAUUCAACCAAGAGAUUCAGGAUAUGCUUAUGUGGCUGAACGAUGUAGAUACAGCUCUAUCAACCUCCAAACCUGUUGGAGGUCUGCCAGAGACUGCUCGGGAUCAGCUUGAGCGGUUCAUGGAGGUCUAUCAUGAUCUUGAUGCUACUGCACCCAAGAUUGAUGCUUUGCUAGGAAGAGGUCACGAAUACCUGAAGAAAUCUAAGGAUGGCCAGGCAACUAAUCUCUCCAACAACUUGAAGACUCUGAAGGCUAGAUGGGACAACAUCCUGAACAGAGCCAACGACAAGAAGAUAAAGCUUGAGAUUGCUCUGAAGGAAGCUACUGAGUUCCAUGAAGCUCUACAAGCAUUUAUUGACUGGUUGACCAAUGCUGAGAAACAUCUUGGCAACCUGAAACCAGUUUCUAGGAUCAUGGAAACUAUCCUGGUCCAGAUAGAGGAGCACAAGGAGUUCCAGGCAGAGGUUUCCUCUCAAAGGGAGACUAUGCUGUCCUUGGACAAAAAGGGAACUCACUUGAAGUACUUCUCCCAGAAGCAGGAUGUUAUCCUCAUCAAGAACCUCUUAGUUUCUGUCCAGCACAGAUGGGAGAAGGUGGUAAGCAAGUCUGCUGAGCGAACCAGGGCUCUGGACUACGGAUACAAAGAGGCCAAGGAGUUCCAUGACGCCUGGGACUUCAUGAUGGGCUGGUUGGAUGAGGCCCACAUUAGGCUGGAUGAUAUGUCUAAGGAGGUGAAGAACGAUCCUGAAAAGAUCAAGCAGCAAAUCAUGAGGCACAAGGAGUUCCAGAAAGAGUUGGGAGAGAAACAACUAAUGUAUGACUCAACCAUGAAGACAGGAAAGACUCUAAUUGGAAAAGCUCCAAAGACUGAUGAGCCUGUGAUCAAGAGCAUGAUGACUGAGCUGAAGAACAAGUGGAACAUGAUCUGCAAUCUGUCAGUCGAGAGACAGAGGAAGUUAGAAGAAGCUCUUCUCUUCUCUGGACAGUUCAAAGAUGCCCUCAAGGCCCUCAUGGACUGGCUGGCACAAAUGGAGAAGGGACUGGAUGACAAACAACCAGUGCAUGGAGAUCUUGACACUGUUAUUGGACUAGUGGAACAGCACAAGAACUUUGAGGAAGAGCUGAACAGCAGGUCUGAACAGGUUGAACAACUAAAGCAGACUGCUGAAGAACUUCUAAGAUCAGCUGAAAAGGAAGAUGCUGUUAAGAUCAGAGCACAAGUGACUGAACUCACCAACAGGUGGGAAAAUGUAUGGGAUCUAAGCAAGAAUAAGACCAAGAGGUUGGAAGAUGCUCUGAAGCUGGCCGAGGAACUUCAUAAAUCCGUUAACAUGCUCCUUGAAUGGUUGUCUGAUGCUGAGAUGAAACUAAGGUUUGCUGGCCCUCUACCAGAGGACGAAGAAGAGGUUGAACGGCAGAUAGCUGAUCAUGCCAGGUUUAUGAACGAGCUGAAGGAGAAGGAGAAGGACAAGGACUACACCAUCAACCUAGCCCAGGACAUCCUUAAGAAAUGCCAUCCUGAUGCUGUUCAGGUGAUCAAGCACUGGAUCACUAUCAUCCAGUCACGAUGGGACGAAGUUGCCUCCUGGGCUCUUCAGAGAUCUGACAAGCUUGAAGAACAUCUGAAACAGCUAAGAGAACUGCUUGCGCUUCUUGACGAACUUAUGCAAUGGUUGAUUGGAAAGGAGCAGAACUUGAUCCAACUUGAACAAGAACCUCUACCUGAUGAUCUUGAGAUUAUCCAGGAGUUGUUGGUUGAACACCAAGGAUUCAUGGACGGAUUAACAGAGAGACAACCUGAGAUUGAUGCUGUCUGCAAACCUAUGCGUCCCAAGUCUCAAGCUCCAUCCAGCAGAAGAACAUCUAAAGCUAAAGGACCUGGCAGAGAUUCGAGAGAAGGUUCGCCCGACUUGGAUCCUUCUAGAAGGCCGAGCCGGUUUAGUCCUGAAAGAGAAGGAUCUCCCAACAAGUCCAGAAAAUCAAGCUACUACGAUAGAGAUGGUGGAUCCCCCCAACGAGAUUAUCCUAAACCCUGGCUUGAUUUUUUGAACCAUGACCAGAGCAUGGCGGAUGCUAGAAAGGGACCGAGGGCGUCCAUCAGCCGUUCAAGUCCCGGGGACCGUGCUACACCUGAUAGAAGGGGUGGACCCAGGUUCUCGGAGAGGAAAGGAAGCCGUGCCAGCGUGAGCCAGGAGGGUGGAAUUAAGAACCCCCGCGCUAAGGCUCUCUGGGAGAAGUGGAGACAUGUCUGGGUGAUGGCCUGGGAGCGAGAUAGGAGGCUCAGGGACAAGCUGAACUACCUCCAGGAGCUAGAGAACGUCAAGAACUUCGACUGGGAAGAGUGGAGAAAGCGCUACCUUAAGUUUAACAACAACAAGAAGUCCCGUGUCCAGGACUUCUUCAGGAAGUUGGACGACGACGGUGACGGCUACUGCCCGAGGGACGAGUUCAUCGACGGAAUUCUUAAGAACAAGUUUCCAUCAAGUAAACUUGAGAUGAACGCUGUUGCUGAUAAAUUCGACCACGGAGACGGUAUGAUCGACUGGAGAGAGUUUAUGGUCGCUCUUCGACCCGACUGGGAGGAGAGAGGACCACUCACCGACACACAAAGAAUCGACGACGAGAUCAAGCGACAAGUUGCUCAGUGUACUUGUCGACAGAAGUUUAAGGUUUUCCAAGUUGGAGAAGGAAAAUACAGAUUCGGUGACUCUCAGAAGCUUCGCCUUGUUCGAAUCCUUCGUUCCACUGUCAUGGUUCGUGUUGGAGGAGGUUGGUGUGCUCUGGACGAGUUUCUUGUCAAGAACGAUCCUUGCAGAGUUCUAAUCCGUGGGCUGGUUGGUCUGGAUGGUGUAGCUCACCAUGAGCAUCAUGAAUGGUUCUGCCCCGUCGCCAUUUCUGAAAUGGCGGCUAUGGCCGCUGACCGACCUAAAUCCCGGAGCCAGAGUUCAUUGUCUCGAAAGUCGAGCGCAAGCUCUAGAAAAAGUUCAUCAAUCUCGGGUCCACCCUCCAAGGGUCGGACCAACGUGGAACUCCGUGAGCAGUUUACACUCGCUGCAGGGGUCAGCCAGAGUGUUGUAGGAUUCACCUCUAAGAUGUCAAAGACCUCCGCUGCGUCUCCGACCUCCUCCGUAUCCGGAGAGGGACGGAACGGAGUUUCAGGGCCCAUUACUAAGAUUAAAGAGAAGUCUGAGCGUAGUAUUGGAAUGAAUGUUCGCUCUAGUGUCGACUACAGUUACAACGACGACCCUUACUCACGUCGACAAUCCGCCGCUGCUGGUCGCAACUCCCUUACCCCCGGCUCCCAACCUGGCUCCCGACCACCCAGCCGCCAUGGAUCCAACAUGUCGCUCAAUUCCGAGGAUGACGGAGGCCGUCGCGGAUCCAAUGUUCGUCGCUCGAGCAGUAUGCGUAACGGAGCUCGAGGAAUGCGUCCAACCCCUGUUGGGUUCGGAUCUAGUGUUCCACGAAAGACUUCAACGCCUGGUGGAGAUAGGAAUAGAACUCCCAGCAACUCAUCUACAGACAGAACUCCUCUAUCAGCCAGGAUGAGGUCGAAGUCAUAUAUAACCCCUCGACCCAGUCAGAUGAUUAAGUCGACAUCGGAGUCGAAUAUUCCAGUUUUCGUCGGCUGCCAGUCAGCUAUUAACCAUGCAUCCACUCCAUCUAGGAUUAACAACUCCCGUCCUAACUCCAGAAAUAACUCUGUCUCAGGGACUCCAGGGAUUAAGGCGAGACAACCGAGUAAUUCAAAUAUACCAAUCCCUACUAAUAGGACUAGAACUGACUCCGGGUCAGGCCCACGUCUACAACGGACCGGAAGUAACAUCGGUCUGCCACGUGGCGGGGGAUUCGGGUCGUCUUCUGCGCUCCGCCAGGCCGUAGAGAGCACUCGCGGCUGGCAGCAGUGAAUACUACGCGGCAAGCUGGAGCAGAAUCCAUCCUAAACUCAUCUAAUCAAUAUUCUUUCUGUUCCCAGUCGGACCACGUGGUAUAAAGACGACUUGUCUAAGUCCACUUAAAUGCUGUGAUAAUUUUUGUCUGUGUAUAGCGAGUGAAUGUAUAUUUUAGGGGCAAAGUUUUCUUAAAAGUGCUCAAAAAUAGCCACGCUGCGCCUAAAAGUAGUAAUCUACGAAUUGAAAAAAAACUGUCCACAAGAGUAUGAACUGCCACGCUGUAUAAAUUACAAGAUUAACAAAUUAAUUAUUUUUCACAAUUCGUCAUCGUGAUAUUCUAUUUUAUUUAUGUCCGCAAUCUUAGUUUCCUCGAACUUGAAGGUGCUUAUUGAUAUAUUAUUAUAUAGUCAAGAUUUCAUUCCAUUUUUAUCCAAGGGGAGAAGAGAGAUAGGUUGGUUUAAGGAGGUUUUAGUUAUUAGUCUAAAAUCUGGUUCGGGGUUUGGUCCGUCUAAAAUCUAAGGACUAAUAUUAUAUAUCUGGAUAUUUGUUUUAAUAAAAACUAUCUCCUUGUCCAGCUGUUAAAUCCCUUCUGUGUCCGGUUCUGCAUUUGUUGAAAUCUAUUCUACUGUAAAUUCCCUAAUACUGACCUUAAUCCUACAUCAGAGAUAUUGACUUCGCUGAGCAUCGUUAAUUUAUUAACAUUUUCAAUAUUUUCACAAUAAUCUCAGAGGUUGCUAGAAUGGCCUCAUUGAACAAUUGUGACACAAAAUUUCUUGUUUAGUUGUUUAACAAACCUUGUUAUUUACAUGUCCAUCCAUAUUGUUAUUAAUGAAUUAACAAAACUUAAAUAAUAAAUAAUUCAUAAAUUA